CCCAACUCUAAAAAUCUGAAUUAGGGAUGAAAUGCACUAAACAUGUGACUUGUUCUGUGUAAUCUCCAGAGUUGCCCUCCUGACGUACAAAGAUGGCUGCAGCUCUGACUCUCCUUCUCAUUGGAUGUCUGCUGCAAAGUGCCCUGUGUGGAGAGUUUACGGUCACUGUGCCGAAAACUAUAGAGGUUCUGAAAGGAUCCUGUGUGACCAUCCCCUGCUCCUUUGACAUAGAGAACAAAUAUGAAUCAAACUUAGAUAACACAUGUAAAGCAGCAUGGAAAAUAAGUGACCCGAUUAGUAUGUUUGAUAGCAGUAAUCCACAACUAUCUACAAUAAAAGGAAAUUUUACAGGAGACUUGAAAAAAAAAGACUGCACCACAACCCUGAAUAACAUUCAACCUUCACACAGCAAUAAAUAUUUCUUCAGAGUGGAAUGCAACAAUCAACUGAAAUAUUCUUUUCAUCAACAAACAUUGUAUAUAUCAGUCAAAGAUGAUCCUCCCAGACCGACUCUGACUCCGUCCACACUGGAGAGGAAGGAGGGAACCUCAGUGAGUUUGACGUGCUCUGCUCCAGCUCCCUGUCUGUCUCAUCCUCCAACUCUGACAUUUAGCCCCAGCCUGGGAGACAGUCAGGAGACACUGCAGGAGAAUCAGGACAAAACAAAGGUCAAGACCUCUGUUCUGACUUUCACUGCUUCUCACCUCCAUCACAGACAGGAAAUUUCCUGUAGUGCUGUCUACAACAAACUAGAUGGCAGCAAUGAGUCAUCUGUUAGCACAAGAUUAACAGCUGAUAUUUCAUAUUCACCCAAACACACCACAGUGUUAGUGAGUCCCUCUGGUCCAGUACCAGAAGACAGCACUUUGACUCUGACAUGCAGCACUAGUGCCAACCCACCAGUAAAGAACUACACCUGGUAUAGAGCUGACGGAGGCCAAGAGACUUUUAUUGGGACCGGACGUGUUUUAAACAUUACAGCUUCUAAAGUCAGUGGCCCUUUUUUCUGCAAGGCUGAAAAUGGUCUUGGAGCUGGACGAUCCAACAUCAGUCAAAUAGAUGUUCAAUUUGCUCCACAUAUUCUGUACUCUGAUUGCACCACAGCUGCAGGCCAGCUCAACUGUUCCUGUGAGACUGUGGGAAACCCUUCUCCCACUUUACAGUGGUAUUUGAAUGAGUUACCUGUCAAUCACUCAGACAGGUUUGCUGUCAGCAAUGAGCCUCUAAAUGACACAGGUCUGAGGAGCAUCAUCACUGUGAAUCAACCACUGGAGAGGGAUCUUUCCACCUUGCGCUGCUGUAGCUCCAACUCUCUGGGAUCUGCUUUUCAGCAAUUUUAUGUCUACGUCCUUGAGCCUCAAACAUCUGCAGAAAGUCACGUGAUGUUGACAGUCUUCAUCGCCACAGUUGUCAUGCUACUGGUACUAGUGUGUGCUCUGCUGUUAGUUAUCAGGGCUCAGAAGACUCACCAUAACCUUCCUAAGAGCACAGUUGCUAUAAACCAACUUCUAACAAGUGGAGAGGGAAAUGAGGUACCCAAAGCAACAGAAGAGGACAUUUAUGUCAACGCUGAUGUGCUGAGAAAGGCAGACGUCGCCCACCCUGCAACUAUCUCUGAGCCAAACAGCACCAACUUGCCAAGCUCUGGGCCAAACAACGCAGAAGGAGCCAGUAAAAGCUCAGAGAAGAAGAAUGAGGAAAGCAGUGAUGUUAUUUACUCUAGUGUGAAUUGGAAGAGCAAGAAGAAGAAGCAAGAAGACUCUGUGGACAUGGAUCAGCCUUGUAGCUCCUAUCUAGAGGAGGAUAGGUGCGUGGACGGAGGCAUGUGCAGAAAUUUUGGGAGCAAUACACUGGAGAUGGGAAGCCUAUAUGAUGAAGUGGAGCCUAAAAAUGUGAAGGAGUAUGUGGAAUGUGAAUAUGCCCAGGUAAAAUUUGAAAACAAGAGUGCUAUGCACAAUUAGAUCAAGUUUUAUCUGUUGUGUCUUAUUUAAAAAAAAAUGUUGUUUUUUUGUUGUUGCUUUUAAUCCAGCUAACAUUUAUGUUUCUUUGUUUUUAAGUUCAAAGGGUUUUUAAGAUCUUGACAGAUUUUUUUGUCACUGAAGAAUUUUAAGAAUUUUAUUAUUUUACUCAUAUAAAUGAUGUUUGGUAUGUGUACAUUGAGAGAGUCCCUGCUGUUUUACAUUUAUUUGGCAGUGACAUUUUUUAAAUUAGCAUAUUUUUAUCUACUUUUUGCUAAAGCUGAACUGGCUGUAGAUGUAUAAACAUGUAGAUAUAGCAACAGAGAAUAGGCUGUGUGUAGUUUAUUUUCUUUUAUGUCUAGAGUUGCAUUUUUUAAUUCUUUCAAGACAAUAGCUGAACGUUUCCAUCAAUCUCCAAUUUUUAUUUAAUAUAUCUUUUAAUGCAUCUUACCCUGCCACAGUGUUUUAAACAUGUACUGUACAUGUAAGUAGUGGAGCGUUUAGUAUACCAGAUUUUAGAAACAACCAAGAGAGCCUCUCUUUCAGGCUCUUACACCGUUCCGGCUGACUGCUUUAAAUGAGCUCAGCAAGUUUCCUGUUUGAGACUGAAUAGAACAGAGGGAGUAUAUGGGGGAUUAGGUGGUGGUAAAGUAGUAGACUUGAGCACAGUAACAGAUCAGUGGGCCAUCACAUUCAUGCAGCAGCUCAUUUGGCAAGGUAAGCUCUCUUGUCCAUAUCACUUAAUGAAAAAUAGGAAUCCAGAGACUAUUUUUCAAAUUCUCAAUACUACUCUCACAGUACUUACUUUCUGAUGAAAUGUUACAGAAUAAUGGUCUGUGGCUGUAUUAACUGAAAAUUAAGAAAAACUUUUUUUAAGAUAAGAAAACCUGCAGAUGCUUGAGGCCUUUAAAUGCCAAAAAAUACUUGGUGACAUAGUGACUCAAAUAUAUGACUUACCAUUAAACAUCUGCUCAGUAUUUUCAACACUCCCCUGUGUCACAGUGUAAAAGAGCAUAGUAAUGUGCCAAAAUGACACUAUACACAAUCAUCAUAAUCUCACUAUAGUAACAUUGUCACAGUUGCUGUGUUUCAGAGGUCCAAAGGUGACUCACUGAAUGUUGUACAGUGACUACUUUCUUCAUGGGAACUGCUCAUCUGCUUAGACUGCUAAGCUUGUUUAUUGGUAAUUGAGCUUUAUCUGUUUUUAUCUGGUUCUGUUGCUGAGUAACAUUUUAAACAUAAAAAAGAUAACACAAUAACCUAAUAUUUCAGAUAUUAGUGUUAUCUAAAAAGGACUAUACAAAAAGUUUGGCCUAGAAUGGGAAAAAGUAAAACAGCUUCAAACCUACAUAAUUCUCACAUACAAACAAAAGAAUAUAGCAAUUACUCUUCAUUAUUACUACCAUGAUUAUUAGAACCUUGUCUACCUUUUUUGUGGGGUUACUUUUCACUUUCUAAAACAAAGCCAUAAUUAUGUAACCAUGGAAAUGUACAUUGUUUGAUAAUAUGGUAAUCAAUAAAAAGUAUUUGCAGCU